AACCCGGUAUCCAAUGUUUAAAAGCCGAUCGCGGUGAGAACAUUGUAUUUCUUUCUCACACAUAAGUUGUUGUGGUGUUAAUAGGUAUUGUGAUUUACAAAGGCUUACCAAUUACCCCUUUUGAGCUUAGCCAACACUUUUACAUGUUCUAUAUUGUAAAGUUUUUAUGGACCCUUUAACUUAUGUCAUUUAAUGAGCUAGUUGUCCUGUUCUUCCUUUAUGGAAAGUAAUGAUUGACAGCAACACUGCGAAAGGAAAAGAACAUUCCUAGUAGCAGUCACACAAAAAAAUGUUUUUCCCAAAAACCGGGAUCAAAAGUCAUUAGGCCUACUCAGAAGUUAGCAUGGUUGGUGUAUAAAAAGAGCCUCAUUUGAAGAUACAGCAUUCAGUUUUUUAUCUUCACUCGACAAGAUGAGAGUUGCUUGCUUCUUCGCUCUUUUGUUUGUAAAUGCAGAUGCGGCCUGGCUUUUCGGUGGGAACGACCACGGUACCAGUGCUGGUGCUGGUGCGUCAGUUGACUUGCCUUUGUUAGGACCUGUUGGCGCUUCUAUUGGCGGUUCUAUCGGCGGCCACGGUAGUGGUCACGGAAGUCACGCAUGCAAAUGCGCUAAUCCAGGUGCUGGUGGAAACGGUGGUCGUCACCACGGUGGUCUCGGUGGUGGAAUCGGCGCCAAUGUAAAUCUACCAUUCUUGGGUCCAAUCGGUGCUUCCCUAGGCGGAUCUCUUGGCGGACAUGGCGGAAACGGUGGACACGGUGGUAACGGUGGACACGGUGGACACGGUGGACACGGUGGUAACGGUGGACACGGUGGACACGGUGGUAACGGUGGACACGGUGGAAACGGCGGUUUCGGGGGACACGGUGGACUUGGUGCCUCUUUAGGUGGUCUUCUUGGUGGUAACGGUGGACUAGGCGCCUCUUUGGGCGGUCUUCUUGGUGGUAACGGUGGACUCGGCGCAUCUUUAGGCGGUCUCCUUGGUGGUAACGGUGGACUCGGAGCCUCUUUGGGCGGCCUUCUUGGUGGAAAUGGCGGUGGUAACGGUGGACUCGGAGCUUCUUUGGGUGGUCUUCUUGGCGGUAACGGUGGACUCGGAGCUUCUUUGGGUGGUCUUCUUGGUGGUAACGGUGGACUCGGAGCUUCUUUAGGUGGUCUUCUCGGUGGUAACGGUGGCGGCCAAGGUGGAAAUGGUGGUUUAAACAUCGACCUGACCUAUGGCGGAAAUGGUGGAGCUACUGGUGGUGGAAACGGCGGAAUCAACGUUGAUCUUACUGGAUCUGGUAGCGGCAACGGUGGAGCCACAACUGGUGGAAGUGGGGGUCUCAACAUUGAUUUGACUGGCUCUGGUACCGGCAACGGUGGAGGUAAUGUUGGUGGAAACGGCGGAAUCAACGUUGAUCUUACUGGAUCUGGUGGCGGAAACGGUGGAGCUACUGGCGGUGGAAGCGGUGGCCUCAACGUUGAUCUUACUGGAUCUGGUACCGGCAAUGGUGGAGCUUCUGGUGGUGGAAACGGCGGAAUCAACGUUGAUCUUACUGGAUCUGGUGGCGGAAACGGUGGAGCUACUGGCGGUGGAAGCGGCGGUAUCAACGUUGAUCUUACUGGAUCUGGCGGCGGCAAUGGUGGAGCUACUACUGGUGGAAACGGUGGCCUCAACGUUGAUCUUACUGGAUCUGGUACCGGCAAUGGUGGAGCUACAACUGGUGGUGGAACCGGUGCUUUUAACUUUAAUCUUGGUCACGGCGGAAACGGAGGAGCCACUACUGGUGGAAACGGCGGGCUCAACGUUGAUCUGACUGGCUCUGGUACCGGCAAUGGUGGAGCUACAAGCGGUGGUGGAACCGGUGGUUUCAACUUUAAUUUUGGUCAUGGUGGAAACGGAGGAGCCACUACUGGUGGAAACGGCGGGCUCAACGUUGAUCUGACUGGCUCUGGUACCGGCAAUGGUGGAGCUACAAGCGGUGGUGGAACCGGCGGUUUUAACUUUAAUUUUGGUCAUCGGAUGGUGGAAACGGAGGAGCCACUACUGGUGGAAGCGGUGGACUCAACGUUGAUCUUACUGGAUCUGGUACCGGAAAUGGUGGAUCUUCAACUGGUGGUGGAACUGGUGGUUUCAACUUUAAUUUUGGUCAUACCGGAACUGGUGGAAACGGUGGAGCUACUGCUGGUGGAAGCGGCGGUCUCAACGUUGAUCUUACUGGCACUGGUACCGGCAAUGGUGGAGUUACAACUGGUGGAAACGGUGGUUUCAACAUUGACCUCACUCACGGCGGAAACGGUGGAGCUUCUACUGGUGGAAGCGGCGGCCUCAACGUUGAUCUUACUGGCACUGGAACUGGUACCAGUGGUGGUACUACUUCUGGUACAACUUCUGGUACAAAUGGCGAAUUUACCAUCAACAUUAAUCAUUCCGGAACUGGUACUACCACAACUACAACUUCUGGUGGUGGUCGCCGAAACGGCGGUGCUGGUCGAGUCCGUGUUAAUGGCAGCGGUGGUGCAUCCGGUGGUGCUACAGGUGGUGCUACUGGUGGUACUACUGGUAGUGGUAACGGAGGCGAAAGCGGAGGCGGAGGCUGGGCUUGGAAUAACAAAAGAUUUCAAGCUGCUCUUGCUGACGAAAUAAUGGACAAUUAUUAUGACGACCUUUUUCAAUAAAUAAUUGAUCGACUGCUUCAUCGGAUAACGGAAAACGAUCUUGUCAAACUGAUGCAAACUGUUUUGUUGACGUUUUGUCUCUUGCUUUGCAAUUAUUAAAAUAUUUGGACAAGGAAUAAAAUUAAUGCAUAUAAAA